UUCUGCUUGGAACAAUGAAUUUCAAAAGCAAAAUCAUCUAUCGGGGCUGAUAGGGAGGUGAUGCUCGAGCGAGUAGCAGAGAAGAUGGAAAAAGACUUGAUCAUGGUUGGUGCUACAGCUGUGGAGGACAAAUUGCAAAAAAGGGCUGUGAUGGCCAGUGACUUUGCUAUUGCCCAGUUUCAGUUUUUGGAGAGACUUUUGGUUGUCCAUGGACAUUGGUGCUAUAAAAGGAUUGCUCAGAUGAUUUGCUACUUCUACAAAAAUAUAGCAUUUGGUCUGGUACAUGCUACUUUGAGGCAUUCACCUGAUAUUCAGGGUAAUCAAUAUAUGAUGACUGGCUGA